ACUGUGUGCCAUCACUCUGGGGGAGGAACGAGGGCCUCCUGAUCAAGGAGUUUCUGUAAUUCCUCACAGACUAGGCAGGCAAAUCCCAGAUUAACCUGACAGGGUGGGAAGAGGAUUAGAAGGGUGGUUACAGGAGGCAACGGAGGACACCAGGGGCUUCAGCAAGUGUGUGCUACGGCGGGACACCCCUCUCAAAACCCAAAGGGCAAGGGAGAAGGCUUCCAAGCUCUACCCCCUGCACAGAAAGGAAAAGAUCAGCAGCAGCCCUGGGAGAUGACAGCUGUGUCCAGAUAGUCAAGAAAGAGAGAUAAGCCUGAGGAAGACGUGGAGCUCAAGAAGGGCGAGAGCGUGCCCGCGUGCACGUGCCCUUGAGCUGCUCCUGGGGGCUGGCAGGAGCAGCCAUGGAGGAAACCUACCUGCUGAACGUGGAGGGGGUCAAAAAGAAGAUCCUGCAUGGAGGCCAAGGGGAGCUGCCAAAGUUGCAGGAUGGGAGCAAGUUCACCUUCCACUUCCAGACGCUGAAGGACAACUUUGAGCGCACGGUGAUCGACGACAGCCGGGAAGCUGGAACGCCCAUGGAGAUCAUCGUGGGCAAGAUGUUCAAGCUGGAGAUAUGGGAGACGCUGCUCAGCUCCAUGAGAAUCGGGGAGGUGGCAGAGUUCUGGUGCGACAUCAUUCACACAGGCAUGUAUGCCCUGGUCUCCAGGGGCAUGAGGAGGAUCGCAGAGGGACGGGACCCCCUGGAAGGGCAGAAGCACCGCUGUGGCAUGGGCAACAUGUUUGACUACCACAGCACAGGCUACGCCGACCUGGACGAGCUGCAGCGGACGCCACAGCCCCUCAUCUUCGUCAUGGAGCUGUUCCGGGUGGAGGAGCCCUCAGCGUACAAGCGUGACACGUGGGCCAUGAAUAGUGAGGAGAAGCUGGCAGCAGUGCCAGUGCUGCACAGCGAGGGCAACCGCCUCGUCCUCCGCAGGGAGUUCGCGCAGGCGGCCGCCAAGUACCAGGAGGCCGUGAUCUGCCUGAGGAACCUCCAGGCCAAGGAGAAGCCGUGGGAGGAGGACUGGCUGAAGCUGGAGAGCCUGGUCACACCGCUGGUGCUCAACUACUGCCAGUGCCAGCUGGAGCUCGGCGAGUACUACGAGGUGCUGGAGCACACGACGGAGCUUCUCCAGAAGCACAACGGUACCUGUGCCCUGCAUCCCACCCCUUCUUGCUCCAAGGACUCUGUCCUCUGGAUCCCCCAGUCGUGGCAAUGCUCGUCCCAUGUCCCUCUGCCUGUGACAGUACCUAUGUCACCUGCAUCCCCACGUCCGCUGCAGAACCCGUGUUCCAGUUUCCCCUGCCUGUGACAGUGCCCA